GGCGUGUGGCAUGCCAGACCUGGUGAGAGCUCUGCGUGCUGAAGCGUGUGAGGUGUGACAGCCAGCUGAGCAGGCCAGCCAUGUCCAGCCCAGGGCUGCUGCUCCUGCUCUUACUGCUGGCCCCACGGCCACUGCGGCCCUCCUUGCUGCCACGGCCGGACACUGCAGAGGGCAAGGCCACCCUGGCAGGCCUGAUCCUGUCUGCGCUGGAGAGAGCCACCGUCUUCCUGGAGAAGAGGCUGCCCGAGAUCAACCUGGACGGCGUGGUGGGCUUCCAGGUGCUGGAAGUGCAGCUCACAGGCGUGCAGGAGGAGUGGGCCCGGGACCCCCUGCUGCAGCCGCUGGGCCUGCGCGCCGGGAGGCUGGCGGGGACGCUGGCGCUGCUGCUCCGCAGAGCCCUCUUCUACCUGAGGCUGAGCGACCCCAGGUACCUGAAAGAGUUCCAGCCGGCCAUCCAGCCAGGGCUCUGGAAGCUCCCCAAGACCUGGACCCGCACCAACGCCUCCCUGGUCUACCCCACCUUCGAGCCCGAGGACUCCUUCUCAGAGGAAAGCAGCGACUCCUGCCUGGCGCUCCUACUGGGGACUGGGAUGGACAGUGGCCAGCCCUGCGGGCUCUCGGACUUCUGCAGGACGCUCAUGACCAAGCCCGGCUGCUCGGGCUACUGCCUGUCCCACCAGCUGCUCUUCUUCCUCUGGGCCAGGCUGAUGGGAUGCACGGAGGGACUUUUCCAUCAGAGCCAGAGCUACAUCGACCUUUACUGCGCCAACAUGAUGGACCUGAACCAGAGGGACGAUGCCGUCGGAUUUGUCUACCCCGCCCAGGACAUCUUCAUGGAAAACAUCAUGCUCUGUGGGAUUGGUGGUUUCUCUGACUUCUACAAGCUCCGGUGGCUGGAGGCCAUUCUGAACUGGCAGCUGCCCCAGGAAGGCUGCUUUGGAGGGCGUGGUGCUGACGGUGCAGCUAAAGACGUUAGACACCAAGAGCAUCUUUCGAGAAGAGUGAAGAGGCGAGAAAAACAAUUUGCAGAUGGCUGCUCCUCCCACAAAACAGCCAUGGCAGUGGCAGCCCUGGGCGGCUUCCUCUAUGUCCUGGCUGCGUACCCGGCCGCCACAGGAGAGCCACUCCCGCCUACCCCGUCUCCAUCUCCGCCGGGCAGCUCCUGAGCUGCACACCUGCUGCCGAGGGAUGGACAGACCCCUGGGAGGUGGGGGGGCCUGGGCCGCAUG